AUGGCCGAGUACAAACUGAAGGAUAUAUCCUCCCUGUCAAGCCUUGGGCCUCUCGAUAAGGUUGAGGUUGAAGUCGAAGGCAUUGAAGAAGGAAAGGUUCUGCUCGUGAAGCUUGACGAUAAAGUCCACGCCCUCAGCCCGAAGUGCACGCAUUAUGGUGCCCCGUUGAAGAAUGGCGUUGUGACGAGUGAUGGACGCCUUACUUGUCCGUGGCAUGGAGCUUGCUUCAGCGUGUCCACCGGCGAUGUCGAAGAUGCCCCUGCUCCGAAUGCCCUGACCAAAUACGAAGUCUUUGAACGAGAUGGUGCAGUCUAUGUCAAUGCCAAGGAGGAAGAUAUCAAAUUCGGUCAACGGAACCCUGUUGUCAAAUGCAGCGUGUCAAAGCAGGAUGAGAAGGUGGUGGUUGUUGGAGGUGGAAGCGGGACUUUGGGAGUACUGCAAGCUCUUCGCGAACUCAAGUACCCCGGCCAGAUCACCAUGAUAUCCAAAGAGCCCGACUUGAUCAUCGAUCGAACAAAGCUCUCCAAAGCCCUAAUCUCAGACCCAACCAAGAUCCAAUGGCGUCCCAAAGAAUGGUACGAGUCAGCCGCAAUCGAAACCCUCACCGACGAAGUCACAGCCGUAGACUUCAAUAACAAAUCCGUUUCCACAAAGUCCGGCAAGAAAAUCAGCUACACAAAGCUCGUCCUUGCAUCGGGUGGAAUCCCACGCACCCUCCCUCUGCCAGGCUUCAAAGGCGAACUCUCAAACAUCUUCACCCUCCGCACAAUCCAAGACGUCCAAGCAAUUCUCUCAGCAGCCAAAGAAAAGAAAAACAUAGUCGUAAUCGGCAGUUCCUUCAUCGGAAUGGAAGUCGGUAACGCCCUCUCAAAGGACCACAACGUCACAAUCGUCGGCAUGGAAUCAGCCCCUAUGGAACGAGUAAUGGGCCCCCAAGUCGGCCGCAUCUUCCAAUCAAACCUCUCCAAAUCAGGAAUUACUUUCAAGCUAUCCGCAGGCGUAAGCCAUGCCUCUCCUUCUCCCUCCGCCUCAGGUUCAACACCCCCAGUCGCUUCCGUCCACCUGAAAGACGGAACAGACCUCCCAGCCGACCUAGUCAUCCUGGGCGUCGGCGUCCGCCCCGCAACAGACUAUCUGACGGACAACGCGAGCAUCACGCUUGAAAAGGACGGCUCGAUUGCUACGGACGAACACUUCGCCGUCCGUGGCUUGGACUCCGUUUACGCCGUCGGUGAUAUCGCAACGUACCCGUAUCACGGGCCUGGUGGGAACGGCGCGGGCGUGCGCAUCGAGCACUGGAACGUAGCGCAGAAUGCGGGGCGAGCAGCUGCGCGGGCGAUCGUCGAUGCGCAGCGUGGAGUCUCGGUUAAAGCUAAGAGGUUCAUUCCGGUAUUUUGGUCUGCGCUUGGAGCGCAGUUGCGGUAUUGUGGGUAUGCGGGUGGAUUUGAUGAUGUUGUGUUGCAGGAGCAGGGGGAAGGGAAGUUUGUGGCGUUUUAUACUAGUGGGGAGACGGUGGUUGCUGUUGCGACUAUGGGGGUUGAUCCGGUUAUGAGUAAGAGUGCGGAGUUGAUGAGGGUUGGGAAGAUGUUGGGGAAGAAGGAGAUUGUUGCUGGGGGGGGAUGUUUUGGAUGUUCGGGUUUAGAUUGA